CUCAAAGAACGAAGAACGUGUGAACUCUGACAACGCCGGACCAAGUUGAAGGGACUGCUGUAUAAUUCAAGUUGUUCAACUCUGGAGUAGACCGAGCUCUCUCGACUUUUCCUAAACAGCGUCUCUCAAUACUUCAUUGCACUUGUGAUGCGCAGUGCACACACAUGGGCCCGCCCGCCGGAACCCGGGCCGGUGUGAAUUGUGUUAGCGCUCAAAGUCAACGUGCUGGUCAUCCGAGUCAUGCUUCGAACGUUCUUUGGAGUUCUGCCAAAGAGCGGGACGCCCAUUCCCUUCUCACACUACUUCUCAGCGUACCACACCGUUUCUUUCACAACGAUCUAAAUCUACAACCACUCGCGAUGACUGAAGAUCAUAGGCCAGAUAUCGAUCCUUCUCCACGAACUCUCAGAUCCAAUCAGAACCAGCCUCGUAGAGGAUCUUGUCAGUUCCUGCGCAAAUUGAAGAAUGGGUUAACCAAAAAGCUUCCUAAAUGCUCCAAGCGAACACGCAACCGCACCACUGCGGUCCACGACGUCGGAAUUGAAGAGGCUUCAUCGAGUCAGCAAGUCGAGGACACGUUGCAUCUCCAUCCUUCCAACGACAACAAGCAUCCCACCACAUCUGAGAUUCCCAGUGACUCCGUGAACCAAGGGCUGUCCGGAGAGCCUGCUCCGCAGGUAUUUCCAUCAACCUGUGAUGGUACACAAAACAUGCGAUCACUCGGGAAACAUGCGACUUCUAUGACAUCCGCCGUCGAGAAUGCCCCAGCGGAUCUUACUGCCGCAGAUAAUUUUGAGAUGAAGUAUCUCCAACGCCUCAAGAUUAUCGAUGGUGCCCUCAAGAAGAUCGCAGACGUUCAUCCGUACACAAAGAUGGCGCUGGGUAUGCUAUCUGCUGCAUCCAAAAUUAUAAUUGCGCAGGCACAGCGCGACAAAUCGAUUCUUCGUCUUCUCAAGAAAUUGGCUGAAGUUUACCGCUUCAUGGCUCAAGAUGACAGUCUUGGAAAAAUUGAAUCGAUGCGCGAUAUCGUUGCAAAGGUCGUUCACCAGACUCUUGAGUGUGCCCGUUUUAUCAGGGACUACUCGGAGACGAAGAGCUUUUGGGAGAGACUCACGAAAAGCGCUAUCUCGAAAAUGAUCAAACAGUACAGCGAUACUUUGGACGGCCUUAUGCAACAAUUCCGGGACCAAGUCGAUCGGGACGUGGCUGUCUUCGUCCAGGGGACGGGUAGGGAUCCUGAUACACUUCUGUCUUGAAGUUCACUCACACCGUUUCAGGCGAAACCCUGGAUCUCGGGGAUAUCGCUUAUGCGAAGGGCGCAGGUCUAGAUACCAUGAAACAGUGCCUACCAGGGACGCGCAUGGAGAUUCUUUCCCAGAUUACGGACUGGAUCAACGGCAGUGGAGAUGCUGCUAAACGUGUGCUAUGGCUAUCUGGUCCUGCGGGCAAGGGAAAAUCAGCCAUCGCCCACACGA